AUGUCAUCUAUCUUGAUGAACCUGUUAGCUAUCUUUCUCGUCUACAAGCAUUCGCAUCAGAACAUUGGCGACUACCGUUACAUCCUAUUCUCAUUCCUGAUCUUUAACGUCUUCUUCUCGAUCGUCAAUUCGGUCGCGGAUGUGGAACCCCGGAUGGCGAGCCAUUCACUAAUCCUGAUCGGCGCUGUGGAUAUUCCGGAUGAGGGUCUAUCAAUUACCCUGAUUUACAUGUCCGUAUUCAUCUUUUCGGAGCUGGUGAUCCGUCCGGAGCGUACCGUAAUCGGAGCGCUGGCGGUACUUCUCGGCGCAUUAAUGCUAUUGUCAAUUUGGAUCGUAUGGUUUAUGACAACGUCAAUCACAACCAGUGAUUGCGUAUUCCGCGAGGACUCUCAUAACUAUACCCUUGUUAGCACCCAGCCAAUUUGCAGCGAUUUUAUCACGAUGCUGCAGACGUCAUUCGAUCUGCGCACCGCAUCGUUUGUGUCGAUUCCAUUUGAGAUUUUCACAAAUUCCACGACUUCCGACAUGGAGGGCUACGAAACGAACGCGAAGGCCGUGGUCCUGUUCGUGAUUCUCAUUAUAUUCAUGCUUGGUUCGAUCGCCAUCGUGUUUUCCUCAAAUUUUUUCGUGUUGAAAAAGAUUCGAAACUCUACCGUGCAAGCCACGCAACGAAGAAUAAGCAGCGAGCUGACGAGGACAUUGUUGGGACAGGCCCUAACCCCAAUCCUCCUGCUCCAAGUCCCACUCCUCAUCGCCUCCUCCGCUACCGUAAUCGACAACAAUUUUAAUUGGAUCUACCAAGUGCUAUAUUUCUCGUUGGCCUGGUUUCCAACGGCUCAGCCCCUGAUGCUGAUCAUCGGCGUGGCCAACUACCGAAAAGCCCUGAUACAACUUCUCCACUACGUUUUUGGCAACGUCAUUUGUCGUCAGCCAAUCCUCGUCAAACCGACCGCUUCACGAUCGCUAAAUAGUCACGGCGGGUUCUCUGUGGCCUUUGGCAGGAUACAAAGGGUUACCGUCGAUGGGGAGAUGCUUUGCAAUGGUAAACCCUACGUAGGCGCCAUCGUGUCGAUGAUGGAGAAGGACGUGUUAAUGGACGACGAGCUGAAGACGAAAACGUCCGUUGACCAGGGGCUAUUCAUGAUUAGAGGAGAAGAAGCUGAGUUUGGAACGAUCGAACCGUAUCUGAAGAUCGUUCACAAGUGCCCCGGGAGAGGGAAGAAGUCGAAAUCGCCGUGCGGUGGCACCACCAUAAUCGAUAUUCCUGCCAAAUACAUCAACGGCCCCUGGUUCCGGCCAAUAAUCGAGCUGUCCAAAAACGGGAAAACCACCCCAGCAGCCAAAUGUCCUCCAAAAAAGGCGAAGCCGUCGCCCGCCAAGGAGCGUCUACUCAAGACCAACCGUAUCGACGGAACAUUCGAAGGAUCAUCG